GUAUCUUUUAGGUGUAUAGUAAAUAAAACAUCGGUCAUGAUGUUGACCGAAUUUCGUUUUGACUUCUUGGACACAUAAAUAUUGAACAGGUCAACAGGUCAAAUUUGCUGUACAUCCAUGCUUGACGUGUUGAAUCGCACAGACCCGCCCCAGGACUGUGACGCCAUGUACGACACUCCAGUCAGCCUCCACAACUGCUGUAUUGACUUCAUCUGCGAUAACCUCGAAUCGCUUUGCAAUGCCGAGGUCACGCCCCUUGGCCACUGCAAGCUUACAUUCAAAGAUCAGGACAUUUACUUCCAGCACCAUCUCUCUGAGCGGCUGCUGGAGGCGCUAUGCGAGAAAGACAAACUAACGGAUGACACGCUAACGCUGUUUGAUGCGAAGAUUAUGAACUUGCGCCAGGUGUGCAUUCGAGACGUGCAAUUGACGACGAAAGGUUUAAGAACGUUAAAACAACACAAGAUCUCCGAUCUUGAGGUCACUGGACUGAAAACCGUCACUAUUAAUGAUGUGAUUGGUUGCCUUGGCGAAUGGAGUCUCACGAAUUUGCGCUCACUCAAUGUCAGUAAUAGCACGUUUUUGAACAGCACGAAAUUCUGCGUGGUGGUUUCACUUUCGAAGCUACGAAACUUGGUCAGUUUAAAUGUUAGUCGAACAGAAUUCAACAAACAUGGACUGGAAAUUAUCGCCGAAGACUUGCCAAAGCUGGAGAGUCUGGAUAUUUCUGUGACGCCCAUUGAUGAUAUUUCUGCCCUGAGGAAGUGUCGUGAUCGAUUAAAAUCCUUGUCAAUGUACUGUUUAAGGGCUGCCCAGACCUCAGACAUGGUACCAGUGCUUUCAGAACUCAAGAAACUCGUUCAUUUGGAUGUGUCAGAUGACUCGUUUCAAAGUGUGCAUUCUAUCUUGUCAACUUCGCCGUUGACGAAAUUUAAAAUCAUUGACCUACUUUCUCAGUCAUCGUGUCUACCUCAUUUGACCUCGUUGGAUAUCUCUGGGAAGGAUGGAAUAACAGAGGAGGUCCUAUCGGACUUCCUGCGAGAACAUGAGAUACGUUUCCUCGGUCUCUCGCUGACACCUGCCUGCAAGUUCGACCGCUUCAAGGAACCAGCCUGUGCAGAAUUCAAGUCCGAUCUUAUGGUGACAGGGGAGGCUACUGAGAGGCAGGUGACGGAGGCUCUGAGACGCUACACGACACGGGCUCUGUACAUGCAGAAGUCACUGUACACGCUGUUCAGUCUCACUCAGGAAAUGGUAGUGCCCAGGGAAGACAUUAUAAGGCUGGUUCUACCGGCCAUGAAGCUGCAUCCCCGUCAGCUGGGAGUCCAGAUGGCGGCCACGGCUUGCCUGUACAAUCUGUCCAAGGCCGAGCUAGGCCAGAAGAUACACCCAAAAUGUCUCAAGGAAAUCAUCGUACUCACGCUGAAGGCGAUGGAGAACUUCCCCAACCACCAGCAGCUGCAGAAGAACGCCCUUCUCACGCUGUGCAGUGACCGCAUGCUACAGGACGUCCAGUUUGACCAGUUUCGGUGCGCCCAACUCGUGAUGGAUUGCCUGUGUCUGUUUGACGAUCCGUCCAUGAACAGAAUGUCUGUAGCAAUCUGCUCCAUCCUGGCCGCUAAGAUAUCCACUCAGAAGACCUCACAAUUGGGCGCCAAGACCCGUUACAUGAAGAAGAUGUUGCAGCUGGUACGGCAGAAGAUUGAGAACAAUCAUGUCGAUAUCACUCUAAAGUUUACACUCAGCGCUUUAUGGAAUCUCACAGAUGAGUCCCCAGCCACUUGCAAUGUGUUUCUGAAGGAAGGGGGCCUGGAUUUAUUCAUGAGCACCCUUCAGAUGGUUGAAGGAAUGGACACGGACACAAGAGUGCAGGUUGAGACCAAAGUGCUUGGUCUUCUGAAUAACAUUGCGGAGGUCCAAUCAUUCCGUAACUUCUUGAUGCGGGAAGACUUCCUUAUGAUUGCUAAGAGACUACUGAAGGCUGAGCAGAUAGAUGUGAGCUACUUUGCAGCGGGCAUCGUGGCACACCUGGCCAGUGAUGGCGCCCAGUCCUGGCUCAUAGCGGGCACCGACAGAGCAGACAUACUCACAGAGCUGUACAAUGUUGUCCUGAAAUGGGAGCAACCCAAUGUCGAGAUGGUAGCGUACAGAUCCUUCAACCCCUUUAUACCCCUACUCCAGUCUUCUGAGAUGCCUGCUGUACAGCUAUGGGCAGUUUGGGCUAUACUGCAUGUCUGUACUAAGAAUGCCCAAAAGUACUGUGCAAUGUUACAAGAGGAGAAAGUGUGUCGAAUACUGGAGCAGGUUAUAUGCGAGCCCUGUCUAGAUACAAACGUUCGCAACAUAGGCAAUCAAGUUGUCACACUCGUUCAAUCAAAUGGAAAGAAAAGUCCUUGACAAAAUUGUGUAUAAAUGAUAUGUUUUGAUAUUAGGAUACAUGUACAUUACAUAAGUGUCCAUAAUAUUGGGAUUAUAUAUUAAGUUUCUACCAAUUAAUAUAAAAGAAUUGUGCAUUUUGGUCUUACACUAAACAUGUCCUUUUGAAUUGAAACUAAGUUUGUAUUAAAAUAGAUUUUUGGUGUUUCCUUUUCUUAAGUUGAUCUUGAUAUGGGAAUUUUAUAAAAGAAUGCAAUAAUAUUUAUUUGUCACCUUGGAUGUAUUAUUGUACUUUAAUAUGCAAUAAUUUGUUUGAAAUUUUCAAAUUAGCCUUACUCUUGGAAACUGGUUCUUAAUGCAUGUGCAUGAAGUGUCAUACCAGAUUAGCCUGUGCAGGUCUCAGUGCAUGAAGUGUCAUACCAGAUUAGCCUGUGCAGGUCUCAGUGCAUGAAGUGUCAUACCAGAUUAGCCUGUGCAGGUCUCAGUGCAUGAAGUGUCAUACCAGAUUAGCCUGUGCAUGAAGUGUCAUACCAGAUUAGCCUGUGUAGGUCUCAGUGCAUGAAGUGUCAUACCAGAUUAGCCUGUGCAGGUCUCAGUGCAUGAAGUGUCAUACCAGAUUAGCCUGUGCAGGUCUCAGUGCAUGAAGUGUCAUACCAGAUUAGCCUGUGCAUGAAGUGUCAUACCAGAUUAGCCUGUGCAGGUCUCAGUGCAUGAAGUGUCAUACCAGAUUAGCCUGUGCAGGUCUCAGUGCAUGAAGUGUCAUACCAGAUUAGCCUGUGCAUGAAGUGUCAUACCAGAUUAGCCUGUGCAGGUCUCAGUGCAUGAAGUGUCAUACCAGAUUAGCCUGUGCAGGUCUCAGUGCAUGAAGUGUCAUACCAGAUAAGCCUGUGCAUGAAGUGUCAUACCAGAUUAGCCUGUGCAGGUCUCAGUGCAUGAAGUGUCAUACCAGAUUAGCCUGUGCAUGAAGUGUCAUACCAGAUUAGCCUGUGCAGGUCUCACAAGCUAAUCAGGGACUAACCUUUUGUCCUCAAUUGGGUUUUGGCUCAGAAAUAUUCCUUAAAAGCAGACAGUGUCGUGCCUGAUCUGGGGCAACACUUGGCGCACAUUAACACUUCAAAGAGCGUGGUUCAAAUGCAUGUUGUUGUAUUAAAACAUCUGGGGCAACACUUGGCGCACAUUAACACUUCAAAGAGCGUGGUUCAAAUGCAUGUUGUUGUAUUAAAACAAGUGUAUUCUGUAGACAGGAUGGACUGGGAACUUAAUUUGCUGUUUUGGAUAUUAAAUAGUGUAGGUCGUAUGUCGUCAAAUAUUAUAUCUUGAUGUUUUUGCAACAGAUUUGUGAUGAAUGAGUGUGGGUAUCUUGUUUACAUUUUCAAUAAUAGCCUUUGGUACACGGGCACUUGGUGUUGUUUAUUAACUGACUUCAUUUAAUUAUUGAAGAAGUUAAAUUGUGGCAUUAACAUGUACUUUCACUUAUCAGAAGGUACAGAUUGGCAUAAUUAUAUUUUAUGAAGUGAUGUUGUUAUGUCAAGUGUUUGUUUGAUAAAGCAAGUGAUUGUUAGCUGUUGUAUAUUUCAUUUCUGUCAUUUGUUUACCCUCAUUUAAGCCUACUAGUGUCGUACAUAAGUUAAUUAUAUCUUUAUUGUACUAUCACUCACUGAUGACAAAACAUUAAUUAUUAUUAAAAGUGUAUUAUAAUAAUGUAUACCAAACUGUUUAGCCCAUUGUUGAUAAUAGCAAUCAAUACCCAAAAUUAUAUUUUAGUUUAUAACAAAAUUAUAGAAAAUUAUUUAAUGUAUGUUUAGUUGCACAUUGCAGAAGUAAAUUAAAAACUGUUUCCAGUUCUCUCAUAGGUUGUUUAUCACAAGUUAAUAAUUAAUACAGAAAUCUUGUAACGAAUAGUAGGUUGUUUAUCACAAUUUAAUAAUAAAUACAGAAAUCUCAUAAAGAAUAGUUUUCGUGAGUCCUUACAAAAUGCAGCUCAAGGUUCUGAAAGACUUUCAACUCUUAAGACAGGGCAGGACUAAUGGCCUGGUGUCACACAGAGCAAUACAUUUAUAUGGGCCAUGCUCUGUGAAAAAGGGGGUUAAAUGCAUGUGUGUUAAGUGUUGUCCCAGAUUAGCAAGUGAAGUCAGCAGGGACAACACUUUCCGCUUUAUGAUAUUUUUCAUUUCAAGAAAGUCUCUUCUUAGCAAUAAUCAAGUUAAGGCAGAAUAUGUCGCCCCUGUUUAUCCUUUGCAGACUGCACAGGCUAAUCAUGGAUGACACUUUAUGCACAUGCAUUAGUCUUCCUUUGCACAGAGCGCAUAUUAAUUAUCAAAUAGAUUAUGUCUAGAAAUUCAUAUUACUUCUUCUGUAGAAAUGUUUGUGUUAAAAUAUGAGUGUUGUUUUGUUUAUUCGUUUUGAAGAUUAUUGGAAAAUGCAAUAUAUAUGUUACGUGACAGAAUAAUUUAUGCUGUGUUGUUGAUGUCUUACCUAUUACUAGAGAAGUUUUACAUAAAGCCCUUCUGACAAUUUCACGAUAUUUAAUAGGGUAAAACAAAAAUCUGUGAAUGGCACACUUUUGUUAUAUUUUAGUAAAGACAAUAAUUGUAUUAUUGUUUCUAAUAUUUUUAGCAAAGUAGCCAAUAAAUAAAGUAAUUUAAAUCAACAGCUGCUUCAUUUAAUUAUAUAUUUCCGCACAAAUUGAAUGAUUCAAAGCUACAACGUUGUCACCUCCAUUUAUAUAUAUUAUAAUUCCUAUUAUUUAAGAAUUUUUGUCAGAGUUAAUAUUUUUGCAUGAUACAUGCUGAUAAAGAAAAAAGACAAAAUUAAAAUACCUGGAAAAGAAAACGGCGAAUUUAUUUUAAGUGAUAACUGCAAAGUAAUGGGUCACAGUUCUUUCUGUUCAUAAUAAGUUCUUAAUAAAUGACACAAAUUGCAGAAAAAAAAUCAAGUCAUCGUUCUUGACUGUUAUUGAAAUAAAAUUUUCUAAGCUGCAUGUUGCUUUUGCAACCUUUUUUUUACUGAUGACAGGUACAAAGUUAAUUAACAGCCCUCGAGAAUUACGGGUGAUGGUUUAAACUUAAGUUGUGAUUUUUUAAAUCCCUUUAUUUAUCAUCUUACAUUAUUUGAGAUAAGUUAGAGUGUAUUAUUAUUAAUGAAUUAUUUUACCUGAAGAGAAACAUUUCCUAAGAAAUUUUCAUGAAAAUGUUAGUAUGACCUACUUCGCAAGUUGCUUGAAAAUGAAUCAUAGCCAGUCAUUUUUAUGUUGGUAUACGCCUAUAGUAUACUCCAAAUAUUUAGCAUGGUUAAGUUACAAAUAAGUCAGCCAUGUACAUUUUGCUAUACAUUAUAUUUAUGGCCCCCUUCGAAGAAGAGUGGGUUUAUUGUUUUGCACAUGUCGGUCCGUCGGUCGGUCCAUCGGUCCGUUUGUCCACCAGAUGGUUUCCGGAUGAUAACUCAAGAUCAUGAAACUUCAUAAGUACAUUGAUCAUGACUGGCAGAUGACCCCUAUUGAUUUUCAGGUCACUAGGUCAAGGUCACAUUGACUCGAAACAGUAAAAUGGUUUCCAGAUGAUAACUCAAGAACGCUUACGCCUAGGAUCAUGAAACUUCAUAGAUACAUUGAUCAUGACUGGCAGAUGACCCCUAUUGAUUUUCAGGUCACUAGGUCAAAGGUCAAGGUCACAGUGACUCGAAACAGUAAAAUGGUUUACGGAUGAUAACUCAAGAAUGCUUACGCCUAGGAUCAUGAAACUUCAUAGGAACAUUUAUCAUGACUGGCAUAUGACCCCUAUUGAUUUUCAGGUCACUAGGUCGAGGUCACAGUGACUCGAAACAGUAAAAUGGUUUCAGGAUGAUAACUCAAGAAUGCUUACGCCUAGGAUCAUGAAACUUGAAAGGUACAUUGAUCAUGACUGGCAGAUCAAGGUCACAGUGACUCGAAACAGUAAAAUGGUUUCCGGAUGAUUACUCAAGAAUGCUUACGCCUAGGAUCAUGAAACUUCAUAGGAACAUUUAUCAUGACUGGCAUAUGACCCCUAUUGAUUUUCAGGUCACUAGGUCAAGGUCACAGUGACUCGAAACAGUAAAAUGGUUUCAGGAUAAUAACUCAAGAAUGCUUACGCCUAGGAUCAUGAAACUUCAUAGAUACAUUGAUCCUGACUGGCAGAUGACCCCUAUUAAUUUUCAGGUCACUAGGUCAAAGGUCAAGGUCACAGUGACAAAAAACGUAUUCACACAAUUGCUGCCACUACAACUGACAGCCCAUAUGGGGGGCAUGUAUGUUUUACAAACAGCCCUUGUUGAAAUUAUUGCCAAUGCCUGCACAAUUGAUUCAUUUAAAUUUACAAUGUAUAGCCGACAUUAUAGCGGAGGAAUUUAAACAAAAUAUGCAAAUGAACAAAGUCAUGUUCAAGUUUCUUCAGGGAAAAUAUUAUUAUGUACAGGGAUCUACUGACUUGAUUCUGACAAACAAAUACUGUUAAAGAAGUUCAAAUUAUGGUUGUUAUACCUCCACAAACAAAGUUUAAGGGUGUACAUGUAUAUAGGAGUGAACUUGUCUGUCAGUCGGUCAGUCUGUCGGUCUGUCUGUUGUUCCGUAUUAAGUGUCCGCUCUCUAAUUCAAGUAGUUUUCAUCCGAUCUUCACCAAACUUGGUCAGAAGUUGUAUCUUCAUGAUGUCUAGGCCAAGUUUGAACAUGGGCCUUGCCAGGUCAAAAACUAGGUCACGGGGUCACUUAGUGCGUUUUAAACAUUCAGCAUGCUGUCCGCUCUUUAAUUCAAGUAGUUUUCAUCCGAUCUUCACCAAACUUGGUCAGAAGUUGUAUCUAGAUGAUCUUAAGGCCAAGUUUAAACAUGGGCCUUGCCGGGUCAAAAACUAGGUCACAGGGGUCACUUAGUGCGUUUUUUAACAUUCAGCAUGGUGUCCUCUCUCUUAUUCAAGUAGUUUUCAUCCGAUCUUCACCAAACUUGGUCAGAAGUUUUAUCUAGAUGAUCUGAAGGCCAAGUUCGAACAUGGGCCAUGCCAGAUCAAAAACUAGGUCAUAGGGUCACUUAGUACGUUUUACACAUUGAGCAUGGUGUCCUCUAUCUAUUUCAAGUAGUUUAAAUUCGAUCUUCACCACACUUGGUCAGAAGUUGUAACUAGAUGAUGUGAAGGUCAAGUUCGAAAAUGGGCCAUGCCGGGUCAAAAACUAGGUCACUGGGUCACUUAGUGUGUUUUAAACCUCACCAUGUUGUCCGCUCUCUAAUUCAAGUAGUUUUUAUCAAAUCUUUACCAAAUUUGUCAGAAGUUGUAUCUUGAUAAUGUCUAGGGCAAGUUUGAAUAUGGGUCAUGCCGGGUCAAAAACAAGGUCACGGGGUCACUUAGUGCGUUUUAAACAUUACAAUGUUGUCCGCUCUCUAAUUCAAGUAGUUUUCAUCCAAUCUUCACCAAACUUGGUCAGAAGUUGUUUCUAGAUGAUGUCUAGGUCAAGUUUGAAUAUGGGUCAUGCCGGGUUAAAAACUAGGUCACGGGGUCACUUAGUGCGUUUAAAACCUCACCAUGUUGUCCGCUCUCUAUUUCAAGUAGUUUUCAUCCAAUCCUCACCAAACUUGGUCACAAGUUUUAUCUAAAUGAUCUUUAGGACAAGUUUGAACAUGGGCCAUUCCGGGCUUAAAACUUGGUCACAGGGUCACUUAGUGCGUUUUUUAAAAUUCAGCAUGGUGUCCGCUCUCUAAUUCAAGUAUGGUAGUUUACAUCCGAUCUUCACCAAACUUGGUCAGAAGUUUUAUGGAGAUGAUCCGAAGGCCAAGUUAGAACAUGGGCCUUUCUGGGUCAAAAACUAGGUCAAGGGGUCACUUGGUGCGUUUUAAAAAUUGAGCAUGGUGUCCGCUGUUUUUUGUGAAGACGACAUGCAAAAUAUUAUGUGUCAAUGCGGCAUUUGGGGGUAUUCCUCAAGUCUGUGACAAAGCUCUAGUUAGUCUUAUACCAAGAUUUCGAUUUAUAAUGCUGAUUGAUUAAAUUAAUUACAGAUCUUUAUCACAUCAGCCUUGCAAAAUACUUGAAUAUCGUACUGUAAUUUAUCGUAAUAUACAUAUACAGUGUGCUUAUUGUUGACUUGUUGUUAACGUGAUUUCGUAUUAUAAAUCAUGAUUUCCUGAAUAAAAUGUUCUGUUUUA